AUGCAAUCCAUUAUUGAACGUAUGGGACAGGGCUGGAAGUUGGCCCGAAAUGUGAGCCUGCGAAAGGACCCCAAGGAAGAUGUACGCGAAAAAUCCGUUGAGAAGUCGACGGACUCAUUGCAACAUGGGAGCCCUUUGUACAGAAAACAAAAAACGAAGAUGAUCAAGCAGCGGCCCAUCAACACAGUCAUGAAAAUAACAAACAACCCGGCCGCCAGGGACAGGCCCCAGACCAUGGACGAGGAACGACAGGGACACACAGCCUACAACUAUCUGUGUCACCUGGAAAGCACACGACGGUGGAUGGAGGCUUGUCUUCAGGAGGAGCUCCCCGAGACCAUCGAUAUGGAACGCGCACUCAGCAAUGGGGUCUACCUUGCGCGACUGGCCAAAAUAUUUGACCGCGACCCCGGCACUCAGCGAGCAAAGAUCUACGACAAUUCGUUAGAGAUUUUUGAGGUAAGUCUUCGUGGUUCGAUGAGUUUGAUAGUAAGUAGAUACUAUAAGUAA